GGGCGACGGCUCGGCCAGUCUGAGGGAGGCACCCGCAGGAGUCGCAGCAGCAGCCGGCUUUUACCAGCGCAGGCCUUUUUCUGUUUUUCUUGAGCGAGUCUUCCUGAAGGCGACAGUUUGGACGGGCAGCGCGGCACCUGGGAUGUCAGCACCUGGCGUCUUCAUCUCCUGCAGGUCUCCCCUUCAGCCAGCGCCUCGUAAAGUGACAGAGAACCCCCUUGAUUGAUGUCACACGUGUCGCCAGCUACCCACCAGUUUGUGAAGGAUGACCGGAGUGAGCGACGACAGUUGUGCCGCAGGAGAUGCCAGCCACAGCGGGCGAGCUGUGAGAGUAGAGGGCAGGCCGGAGAGCCAAAGACGGAGCAUUCAGCUGGCAUUUGCAGAAGAGAUCAGUCUGCCUUCUGUUGUGGUUCCUGGUCCAGCACAACAGACCAGUACGGAGUACCACCAGGACAUCCCCCCGGACAACUGUGGUGUCACCAACCCAGGGUUCACUGCAGAGCCCCCUCCUUACUCGCCACCGGACCCAAAGAUGUGCAGUCUGCUGUACCCGCCAUUUCCACCGCCUUACCCUGGCCACGUCCCUCUUGUAUGCCAGCCAGGGUCCACAGACCAGCUGUUUUAUCAGCAGCAGCUGUCACCGUCAGCAGUCUACCCCUACACAAUCUACAUGAACAACUUCCCAGUCCGGUCUGAAGAAAGACGAAUACCCAAAGACUACAUGGUGGAGUCCGUCUUGGUCAUGAUCUUCUGCUGCAUGAUGAGUGGAGCCAUUGCUGUCGUCUACGCCCAUGAAGCUCGGACAGCCAUCAACAGAGGGGACCUGGUGCAAGCAGAACAGGCAUCUUUAAAGGCCCGCUCUCUCGUGAUAUUCAGUCUUCUCUUUGGGGUCUUCGUCUCGGCCGGCUGGAUUGUGUACGUGCUAAUUGCACUCUAUGCGCUGUAGAGGGGCUGGCGUGGACUGUGGCAUCCCUGGGGUUCUUUCUGGUGCCAGGAAAGGAAGGCAUCAGCAGCACUAAUACAGAGGGGCAGCAAAAGGCAAACCUUCAGAAAAGACAUUUGACUUGUCAGGACAACACACAUUCACAUUUUUGUCACUUUAUCGUGUGUCACUGUUCUAUUACAAUUAGUGCUCAAUGAUUUGUUACAAGUGUCUAAAAAUCGCAUUCACAUUUGGUACUCCGAAAUACGAGGGAAAGUGAAAAAAGAUUUUAGCUAUUGGCCAUUGAGGGUCUACCAGCAGCAAGGGGUGUAAGUAACAAACCCAAGGAGGUCCGACUACAAGACUCUUGACUGCAAGACACAGAAGUGAUCGUUGGUACAGUAGGGGGACAUUUCAGACCCGAUUCAACGGUUACAAAUGACCUACGGCCAGAAUGCCCACAAACAACAACUGCAGAAGUUUCAGUAAGUCAGCAGGAAAGGACACACCAAUGGCAAUGCUGCCACCUGGUGGCCGAGACACACAGUUACAGAUUCAAGCCCAGUACUGAUGGACUGUGCCUCCUGGUGGCUGGCACUGCGGUCUCUGUUCGGAUCGUCCACUGCCACAAUCUCUGUGUCUGGGUGGGUUUUACUCAAAAAUCCCCAAAGUCUUGCAUGAUUAAGUUAAUUGGGGAGUCCACACUGUGAUGGCUAAGUCAGGCAUCAAAAAAAAAAAACCCUCAUUUUGACCAAGCGAGUUUUCAGAUGGUUAUGAAGCAUUCCAUGUUCCUGCUAGUGUGUCAACUACAAUAAAUCCGAGCUAUCGGUAAUUCUAAGAGUGUAACUCACUUUGUGAUGGACAUCAGGGGGUUGUGUUCUUAGCCAUCUGCAACAGAAAAAAAAAAAAAAUCUGAUGGGCCUGUCACACAAGAGCAGCACCCGAUUGACCAAA